CACAGCACAGCACAGCACAGCACAGCACAGCACAGCACAGCACAGCACAGCACAGCACAGCACAGCACAGCACAGCACAGCACAGCGCAGCACAGCGCAGCACAGCACAUACGAACACAGCAUCCCGUCCCGUCCCUGCCCACCCUUGCCGUGCCCGUUGGCGUGCCGCGUGGGUGCGCUUCGUGGUUGCGUUUGCUAGGCAGAGACCGAGAAAGAGAGAGAGAAAAACAAAAAGGAGAUUUGCUGUAGGUAUCUGGAAGGCGAGGUAGAAAGGCCUCCUCGUGGCCCCGUCCCCGUGGUGGGGUGGGGCACAGCACAGCAGCAACAGCAACAGCACCACCACCUACCGACUCCUGCAAUCACGCAAAGCUCCAGACCCGUGCAGAGGGUGCAGUUUGCAGUGUUCAGUGUGCAGUGUGCAGCGCAGUGAGGUGCAGCAGGCAGGCAGGCCCUUUUUUCUCCAGGUGGCUGAUGAUGUGCUCAAGGCAGGCGCCGCUCGCCUGGGCUGGCCUGCUCGCCUGGCGACGCCUCGGUCUGUCUUUUCCCAUCCGUGUUUCCCCUCUCGCUCUCGCUCUCGCUCGCUCUCCUCCCAUCACAUCUCCCCUGCUCCUCCCCCCUUGCGACGAUCCCCCGAUGACGUGGCGGCUAGGGCCGUUCGGCUGCCGCUGGGGGCAUGUUCAACAGCCAGCCAUUAGUGAGUGAGGGACGAGUGUGUGGUGUUUGGUUAUUGUUUUUGCCCCAACUAAACUGCCAGCGAGGUCCCCCUCUUCCGGUCACUCCAGAGGCCGAAUUUGCCACCCGGUCAUCCUUUUCAUGUCGAGUCCAUAGGCAUGUAGUCACAAGAGUAAAGAGAACUGA